AUGUUACAAAGUUCAUUGUCACGGGCAUUUUUGCCCUCCGGAUUAAAUUAUUUGGGUUACUACGGCGAUGAAAUUCAUCAAAACCCGUACAGUACACCCACUACCUGGCACAUUCCUAUGGAAAGACCCUCGGUUUAUUCGAGGAUUCCAGACAACAACGUUCUUCAGACGUGGGAACUGUCUAGAUCGUCAACCCCGUGCCCACUGGAUUUGUCCUUGAAGCCUCCACCCACUCCGAACACACCGAAAACUGAAGAUUCGAUUGGCUCGGAACUCAAAAAAGAGCAUGGAAUUUUAGACGAAGUGCGAAAAGAGUCGGAAGAUGUUAAAAGAGGCGACGAUGAAACAGUUUCAGUGGUUGUUGACGAUUUCGAUACUAUUCACCGAAGCUCUUCUGUGCACAGCCAUUCUAGCUACGAGCAACUAUUCCCGAAGAAGGAGACAAUCCAACUUCAGGAAGCAACGAACAAAUCCACUAUUUUGGAAGAGGCGACUCGUUUGAUCCCUUUCAGUUCGCCGGAGGCUAAUUCAAAAUAUUAUGCACAAAAUCAGAAAUUCUUGUUAAAUAGUCCCAGUCAAUUGCAAUCGAUGCAGGAAUAUCAUCAGCAACUUCUAUUAACACCGCAGCAUCAUUUGCAAAGUAUGCAACAUGCACCUAUGACGCCACCAAGCACACCGUCGCCUCCACAAUGUCCCAGAAGAAAAAUCAGGGAGGAAGAUGCCAGCCCAGCAUCUACGACCAACAGUGCAGCAAUAUUUAAUGGGUCCAGAGCUGGUUCGACCGAGAAGCUUUUGCAAAGACCGAAAAAGAAGCACGCGAGACGAUUGAAAUUCGACGAGGACACCAGCAGUCCAGUGUCCGGUACUGUAAUCCUGGGUCCUGACGAAGCCGUGGUUACCGGAGACAUCGAUCCGGCAUUCAACAUCGUUGAAGUCACCGAGGAGGCGCGGGCCGAGCUGGCUAAGAUCGAGAACAGGCUGGGUCCGUAUCAGUGCAAACUUUGCAGGCAACUCCACGAGGAUGCGUUUCAAUUGGCGCAGCACAGAUGUUCCAGGAUAGCUCAUGUCGAGUACAGAUGUCCCGAAUGUGAUAAGAGGUUCUCGUGUCCGGCCAAUUUAGCGUCCCAUCGACGUUGGCAUAAACCUAGGUUGGCCAAUGGUGAACAUUCCAAUUCAUCAGCGAUCAUCGAGAUACCUUGCACCAGGUGCGACGCCAAAUUCACCAGGCAGGCUGCGCUUCGGAAACACUUGGCUACGCAGCAUCCAGAAACCAACAACAACAACAACAAUGUUCUACUGGAGAAUCAAGGUGCUAUUGGUAAGACUGACGUUGUUCAAGUGGUUUCUGAUAGUACGUUGAACACUGAAAUGCCCUGACAUCAAUUUCCUGCGAGACCUUUGCCGUGUAGACCAGGCUUGUAUUGGAGAUUCG